AUGCCUUUCCCCAUCCGGAGAGUUAAAUGGAACUGGGCAGAACUGCUGCAAAAGCAGGUGGAAUUUCUCCAAGAUCUGCCUGCCCACACGUUCAGUGAGGAGGCAUUGGUGGUAACAACUCCCACAGCGCCACCUCUUGGUUCCUCGUGGUAUUUCGCCCACGGUCACUGCCUGGGGAGGGGUGGGGAGCCGAGGUUUGUACUGAGAAGGGAUUUUUCCAGCCUCCAGGGAGCGCUCUGCAAUGGUGUGCAAAGGUGUGCAAAGGUGUGUGCGUCCAGAGAGCAAUCGUGCUCCGGCCCCCUGCAGCUCUGCGCCCCCUCGGAAGGGACCUGCAUCACUGUCGUGGCAGAGAUCAGGCUGGAGGGAUACUACUUCUCCUACACGGCUCAAUCGUGCCUGGAGCCCCAGAACUUUGAGCCCAGCCCCUUCUCGCUGACCUACCCGCACAAUGUCACCGUGCGGAUGAACAUCGUCAGCUGUGACACCAACGGCUGUAACGCCAGGGCCAUCCCAGGUCCAUAUCACGAGAAUGAGAAGGAGAAGAAGAGGGAGAAGGAGAAGGAGAAGGUGCUCUUGGCCUGCACCGGCGCCGAGGAGCAUUGUAUUGAGGAUUAUGGGGUGUUAACACUAGGUGACAUCAAGCUGAUGAAGAGUGCGGCUGGAUGUGGCUCCCCUGGCGCCUGCAUGAAGAGAUUGUUGGUGAAGAAAUACGCCCAGGGCCUGGUGGAGAUGCUGAGCCGGACCAACUGCUACCCAGCUCCCUGGGCCAGUGGAAGCAUCGGGGAGCCCUGA